GUUUCAAUGAGCAAGGCAGAGGCAACAAACCUGAUAUGGACAGUGAUGGUGCAGAGAUGGCAGGAACAGUGGAAUAGAGAUAUGAGGGGCAGGCAUUUAUUUCAAGUACAGAGGCAAGUCGGGGAGGACGCACAUUUAUAAUUCUAACAGCUUUUUUUUUUUAAGAGUAUUUAAUUGUCUUAAAAUAUAGUUCAAUUUCUUUUUGCAAGGGAAGAAGAAGAAUAACCAAGGAAGAACCGUGGUCAGACUAAUGGAAGGCGUGUCUUGUCACGGCAGACGAAUCAGGGGUCGCUUUACUUGUUCCUAGCUCGAUAGCUUUGUCAAGUUAGCUAACAGCAGCUCACGGCUGUGGACAGCAUGUCCAUUCAACACUUAGGGAAACAGGCAACAUGCCAUGAAAUCCCAUCAAAUUCACAACGCAGAUAGAUACCCUUUAUAGCUACGCUAUAAACUAGAGGUGGUCAGGAUGGGGGAGCGGCCUGUUGUUACCCCCUCGGCUGGGAUCACUCCAGUGCAGCAGAUGCUGGCCUCUGGCACUGGGGCGCUGCUCACAUCACUGUUCGUCACACCACUGGACGUGGUGAAGAUAAGGCUGCAGGCCCAGCAAACACCAUUCUAUCAAGCUUUAGCUGCUGACUCUGCUUCAUGGAGUGGUGUAAUCCGCCCCUCCAAAUGGAAGUGCUUCCUGUAUUGUAAUGGCCUGAUGGAUCACAUCUAUGUGUGUCAGUAUGGGGCCAGCUGCACCAGCUGGUACAAAACACCAACCCACUUCAGUGGCACCCUGGAUGCUUUUGUGAAGAUCACGCGCAACGAGGGGGUCAGGUCUCUGUGGAGCGGGCUGCCUCCCACGCUGGUGAUGGCGGUGCCUGCCACGGUCAUCUACUUCACCUGCUAUGACCAGCUCAGAGACUUACUGCGCUACGGCAUGGGGUUCCAAGGCAACUACAUCCCCCUGGUGGCAGGGGGUCUCGCUAGACUGGGAGCAGUGAGUGUGAUCAGCCCAUUAGAGCUGGUGCGUACCAAGAUGCAGUCCCAGAAGCUGACCUACAGCGAGCUGAGGGUGUGUAUCCGCUCUAGUGUUGCCCAGGAUGGCUGGCUGUCCCUGUGGAGGGGCUGGGGACCCACCGUCCUACGAGACGUCCCCUUCUCAGCCCUGUACUGGUUCAACUAUGAGCUGGUGAAGGCCCAGCUGUGUGAUCAGUACGAUGUGUCUCAGGCCACCUUCUCCAUCAGCUUCACAGCAGGGGCCAUCUCUGGAGCUGUGGCUGCCAUUAUGACCCUACCUUUUGACGUGGUGAAGACGCGGAGACAGAUCCAACUGGGAGAGAUGGAGACACUGGGAGUCCCUGUGAAGAAUCCCACAUCCACAUGGCAUAUCAUGAGGGGAAUUUGGGCUGAAUCGGGAUACAGGGGGCUCUUUGCAGGUUUCCUACCCAGGGUGAUCAAAGUGGCCCCAGCCUGUGCUGUCAUGAUCAGCACCUAUGAGUUUGGGAAGAUCUUCUUCCAGAAGAUGAACCUUGACCGGGAGCAACAGGCCUGCUGAGGGGCUGUAUGUGUGGAGAAGCAGGGUUGGCUUCCUUCUUCUGGGGCAGAAUGGGAAGAGACUAUUAGCAGCUGCCUAUGCACGCUCACAUGCACGCUGUGCAAGACUGCUCCUGGUUAAGACUUUGCACCUAGAAACCUGAGCUUCAAAUCACCAUGGAGGAGUUCUGUCUCAAUUCAGACAAAGGCGAAGACAUGAGGAAUGGUCUUUUUUUGUCUGUUUUCUAGCCCUUUCUAUUGGCCCACAGGGAGGCUACUCCUACAACUGUGAACACUGUCUUACGUGUAUCCAUGAAUGUGUCCAUUAGUUAAAUUCAGAACUGUGGGGGAACGGCCCUGUGACCUAAGGCUUAUUCAGACGUUAGCAUGCUUUCCUUGCACGCUAAAAGAGUUGUUCAUAUUUGCUAGUGCAGCCCCCUGCUGUUCAUACCUGGGAGAACACUUCUAACAACAACCCUAAUAAAACUGCACGCAAAGUAAUCCAUUCAAUCAAGACCUUCCCUUCAACUACUAGCCCAGACCAAAUGCAUGGCUGAGCUGGGAUGAGUGGAUGUUCUUAAUGUAGCAUUCUCUCAUAUUGAUUUGUCAUCUGACCAAUGGUAGCCUACUAUUCAAUGUCCAUUUUUGUGAUGGGAAUAAAUACAAUACGUGGGUAACCAUGGCUCAUUCCCCUAGGAUGAGAACUGGGUUUUAUAAGUUAAUUUGGUACAUGUUAUUCAAUCAAAUUAAAUACUUCAGACAAAACAGCUGACAAAUUGACUAUGCAAUCUAAAAGGGGUUGACAUACUUUUUUUUACAUGAUUGAAUGUAUGCAGGUUUUCUGUUGAUCCAUCUCAGAGUCAAUAUAAUCUUUUGAAGAACGUUUAUUAGAUUUUUUUUCAGCAUUUCAGAAAGAUCUGGAGUUCUACUAAGUAGGCUGCUGGACUGAACUGAGUUGUUGCCUUGAUCUUCAAUUUGUGUGUUUUAUUAUUUCUUGUGUACCUUACAUGGAUGUAUAGAAUGUUUUAUAUGCUGUGACGGGUUUUACUCGUUUUUUUUUAAUUCAGAGGGAUACAGAUCAUCUAACAGAAUGCCUAAUUGGAUUCAAAUACUUUUUUUUUCACCUUUUAUUUAACCAGGUAGGCUAGUUGAGAUGAGUUGUAAAACAUUGAGAUGGACAGUUGUAAAAUAAAAAAGGUGUUGCACCAAU